AUGGAGAUCUCAAAAGGAACAGAAGAUCAGGCUUUUGAAAAGCUGAUCACUCAAGUAUCAAAAGAAUCAUCGAAAGAGUGGGUUGAAGGUUCCUUUAAAAUACAAGAUAAAGGGGCAUCACCAGGGACACAGAACAGUAACACUAAUAAACUUGUUGAGAAAUCCAUGUGUACACUUUUAAAGAAUGGGGAACCUGUGGAAGAAACUGGACUUAAGGAACAACAAAUAGAUACAUGUGCAGAAAAGAGUGAUGAAGCGAUAAGGGAGAAAGAAGCAGAAACACAGCUAAAAGAAGCUCCCGAAUUAAUCGAUGAAACAGAGGGAGAGAUACAACAUAGAAAGGAAACAGAAGAAGAUGAAUACAUGGAUUAUAAUAUCCAGCAAAGCUGGGGAUUUAUCUUCAAGAAAAAUGAAAAGAUGACAAAACUACCAACUCAAGAGGAAACAAAAUGGGUGGUGUUUGAACUAAAUGGAGAUAGUGUGAGUGGACCAGCUGGUUUUUCAGAAAGAGAAAAUGCGAGGGAUGAGGAAAUAGAGGUGAAGGAGUUCAUUGAAAAUGGACGUAAGAAGAUUGAAAAAUUGCAAGAAAAUCUGUCACACAAAAUGGUAGCUCACAUAGUGGAAAACAUCAAACGUAACAAUUAUUCCCUUAAUGAUAAGCCAUGGUGGAUGGGAAAUUCAACAAGAGUAUUUUCUGUCAAAUUAGCUAAUGGCAUAUUAAUGAAUAAAAGGGAAUGUAGAGAUGGGAUGAGCUACAUUUGGAUUAAAGAAUCUGGAGAAACAAAAGAAGAACAACAAAAAGAGGACAACAGAGGUGAUUCAAGGGAAGGGGAAGGAGAGAUUUCUGGGAAAAUAAACAAUAAUACUAUAGGUAGUGGAUCAAAGGAAAAUAGGGACAAAAGAGUGUCAAACAAGGAGAAGGGAAACAUGUCAAACUUGUCAAUCAGGUCAGUAAAAUCAGCUUGGAAAGGAAAUGCCGAGGGAGAUGCGAGAAGUUGUAAUGUGGAAGGCAUACAAGCAAAAGUAGAUAAAGAAAGAGAUGUAUCAAAUAAAGGGGAGGAAAAAGGCAACAUGACAGUUGAUGAAAAGGAAGACAACAUCAUGUCGGACCUGGAGGAAGUCACAGAGGAGGAGAAACAACGACGUAGAGACAGUGAAGAGGAUGAUGACAUUGUAGAAAACAUUGCCACAACGUUAAGGGAGGGAGAUUUGUCACCAAGGCAAAUAAAAUACCUGGAAAAUAGUGUCAAAAAGGGCAAGACAGGACAACCAUCACUUCCAUUGCAAGUGAAAACAAGAAGCAGGGAUAGGUCAGGAGAUGUUUCCCAAUGA